UACUCGCAUCGCGUCUGGUUCGGCGGAUAACACUGUGCGACUAUGGGAUGCAGCAAUGGGACAGCCAUUGGGUGAGCUCUUGCAGGGGCACACUAGAGGAGUUUUGUCGGUGUCUUUCUCACCGGAUGGUACUCACAUCGCAUCUGGUUCAGAGGAUAUGACUGUGCGAAUAUGGAGUGUAGUGAAAGCUCAGCCAUUCGCCAAGUCCAGAGAGCUAGACUCCUCCACAUCUCCGCUGCAUCAAAGCACUCCACCUCCCACCCAAGAAAGUUGCAUCAUGCCGACCAACACUUGUAACAAUCACCUCAUUUGCUUCUCGUCUAGCCUGGAACACGCCCUGUCCAACCCCGCGGACUUGCUCGAAUCCACCUCUCAUCAUGAUUCUAAUUCAUCCCCUUUCUUACUGCAGACUGAUGGAUGGAUUAUGGGACCCGAUCAUCAGCUCCUUUUCUGGGUACCUCCUGCUUCCCGACAUGCAUUUUAUACUCCUGGGACCUCAUUGGUGAUACCCAGAGGAUCUCCUGAGAUUGAUUUAAGCCGUAUGGCACAUGGAACGCGCUGGUCAAGUUGCCGAGAUGUCCCCACGUAAUGAUGAUUUAGUUCCUGCAAUAUCGAGUGUAUCGUCUAGUUCUUUGAUUCCUUGUUGAUUUUAUACCUGGGACCGACUCUGAAUUUACUGUUAUACGACUG